AGGUAGCGUGAAAGGGGAAGCAAUAGGGAGGAAGGUGGGAGAAGGAAAAUCUGUCGGACACGGUCGCAGAACCGUGCGUGCUCCCGUGCAGUUCCGUGCUUUUCCGUACGCGUCAAGAUCAGCUGUGUGUGUGUGCGUCUCUCUCGAGGCCACGAGUCAAAGAAGAAAUGACAGCAGUCGAGAGAACGGCCGCGAUGCCCUUUUCGCUCUCGUGAGGGUGGGUAAAGCUUUUCUAAUUUCGAGGGAAGGCGGGCCAGAUCUCUGUCACCACCCGCCGUUUUAACUUUACAAUAAGGCUCGAUCGAGAGGAUGAACGGAAGCCUGGGAAUACCUCGAGGACCCGAACAACAUCCACAGAGAUUCGCCGAUUAUUUCGUCAUAUGCGGUCUCGAUAAAGAUUCGGGUCUCGAACCAGACAAAUAUUUCGGAGACUCUUUACAAUGCACACCUCUGGAUCGAGCAUACAAGAGCAAAGUUUUAGGGCAUUAUCCGGAUUCAGUACCAUGGAAUCCAUUCGACGAGCAUGCAGUUUGUAUGCUUUGCCUACCAAGCGGUCUGAGAUUUCGAACACAGAAACACUCAGUCGAGCCGACGUUUCACUCGUUUGUCCUUACCAAAGAAGAUGGCCACAGGACGUACGGUUUCAGUCUCGUAUUCUACGAAGAGUGUCGUAAUCGUAAGAUAUGUGCUGCUAUGCAAACGUUGCAAGCGAUGCAUAUCACAGAAUUAAGUAGUGGUCAGAACGGUACACCGCCAACGACAAGAAAGGGCCAGGAGGGACAUAAUACUAGAUCCUUGCCACGUCAUUUUAAAUUGUCAGCACACUCCCCGAGUGCAGCUUUAGCUUAUUACGAUUCAACCAAAGAUAAAUUAUUAGUAACCAAGUCAAUUUCCUUGCUCUGUCAACAGCCCUAUCUUCAUGCGGCCAGAACGUUCCUGACUAAUUUAUACAAAUGUGUUCCUAGGCAUCCAGGACCUGGCCUUAGUUUAGAGUCAUACGUGUACAAUCUUUUGUACAAUGUACCGGUACCAUUACCUGGAAAAUCAUUAAAAUUUUUUAUACCAAACGACGAGCCAGCUAAAGUUCCCUUAGAAUUGGUGAUACAUCAGCCUAUGCCAUCGCAAGAAUUACCCAUGUUGGAUUAUCCUUUGAAGGAUGUAUUUACAUGGCUAGGGGCUGACUGCGUCAUACAGUUAUUCACUUGCGUCCUUUUGGAGAAUCAAGUGUUACUCAGAAGUUCGGACUUUAACAAACUGAUGGUCGUGUCCGAAUGUAUAACCGCCCUUCUGUUUCCCUUUUCGUGGCAACACGUUUAUGUACCUAUAUUGCCAGCCAGUCUACAUCAUUUCUUAGAUGCGCCAGUUCCAUUUAUAAUGGGAUUGCAUGCUCAGAGCGAAGGUGGCGUAUUAAAAAUUGCUAGCGAAGCAAAUCUUUGUUAUGUAGAUAUAGAUAAGCAAAGUAGCCAAUUCCCGGAGGAGUUACCUGUAUUUCCACAUAAGAUGCAGUUUAUUGCUGAGAUUAGAGCACUUUUAAAUAAGUACAAAGUACCACAAACGGGAAAGACUGAUAAUAUGUUCAUAAACUAUGUCAAUGGUGACAUCAUGACUAGCAGCUUGACUCUUCCUGGUUCUGGAUUUCACCUUCCACGUAGAAAGCAUUCGUUACAUGAUGUUCUAGAUUGGGACAGACCUGACUCCGCACCCCAAACAGAUGCUUUUCAACGAAUUGUUGAUAUAGUUAAGAGAACAGGUGUUAAUGUAGACGAUAUUGAUUCUGUGGAGGAUACUAUUAACGAAAAAAUACUCACUCCCCAAGAGGAAUAUCAAGAAACUCUCAUUUUUAAUAACGCCAUUAGAGAGAUUUUUUUGAAUCGUUUUGUACAAAUGUUUUGUAGUUACGAACAUUUUGUUAUUCAACCAAGUCAAGACAAAGACGAAUGGUUGAAUAAUAGAGACAGUAUGCAUGUCUUUGAUAAAGCAACGUUUUUAUCCGAUCAACCUGCGCAACAUCUACCAUUUUUAUCAAGGUUUUUAGAAACUCAAAUGUUUGCUUCCUUGGUAGAUAGCAAAGUUAUGUCAACGUGGAGCGAACUCGAUUAUAAUAUCAAAGUUUUCGACGAUAGAAUUACGUUUUUAAAAAAAAAAGUUGGCGAAACUAUUAUAAGAUCGACGCGUUACGAGACAUGCACGAGCAUGACCGAAACUCAAAAAGUUUUGGAGCAGAGAUUAACCAACGUAGAUUUUGAGACCAACCCACCGACCGAGAUUGUUCCACACAGAGCUGCAUACUUCAGGAGUUUUCCUUUACUAGAUACGGUCGCGUUAAACAAAGAACCUGCUCAAAGUAUACUUCGUAGUAGAAAAGGACAGACACAGUGGAAAUAUAAAAUGAAAUCUAUAGAUUCAAAUGGUAAAACAACAGUACCUCAAGAAUCUCAAUCUCCACGACCACAAACGAAGCUCUCUGCGGAUAUGAGCCCAGCACUGAUAGCGCAAGCCAAUUGGACUUUUGUUGAAAAAUUGCUCAAGGAUUGUAAAUCUAAAACCAAAAGAAUGUUGGUCGAAAAAAUGGGUUCUGAAGCUGUUGCUCUUGGGCAUGCUAGUGAAUCUCUCUCUGACGUAGAAGAAAAUACAUUAGUAGCUAGUCUCUGUGAUUUAUUGGAAAGGAUAUGGAGUCAUGGAUUACAAAAUAAACAGGGCAAAAGUGCUCUUUGGUCUCAUCUUACAAUGUAUCAGGAAUUGGAAGAAUGUAAUGAUACAACUAAAACUAUAGAUCCCAACUUUCUUUCUCCUGUACCCAAGAAAUCGCCAAAUAAACUUUUUGGGUUACCGGAUCGUUUAAUCGCAUCUUUAAAGAGCAGAAAUAUUUUUGAGAUUACUUCCUAUAUCAAGGAGAAUUUCAAUGAUUUAUCAAAUCUGGCAUUGGAGACUGAUGUCUCGCCGACAAGAGGAACGGAUAAGCACAAAUCUCCUGGAGAAAGAAGAGCUAUCGGACCAGAGCAUUUGCGACCUUUACCCGAAUCCUUGGUUUUUGAUAUUCGAAAUAUUCAAGCAAUGACGGAUAUUAAAACGCACAUUGGAUACGCCAGAGCAUGGGUGAGACUAGCAUUAGAAAAGAAAUUACUAUCUCGACAUUUAAAAACACUGCUAUCUGAUACAGCACUUUUAAGGAGUCAAUAUAAACGAUCAGCAUUUUUACGCUGCGAGGAAGAGAAGGAACAGUUUUUAUAUCAUUUAUUGACGUUAAAUGCGGUCGAUUAUUUUUGCUUUACAAAUAAUUAUCCUACUACUAAGUUACCAUAUAGAGUUGUAAUAUUUCCAAGUCGUAAGGCAAGCGCAGCUACAACUUCUGCCAAUAGUUGGAUUGCUAUAUCUGGUACAUUGUGUGAGACUAAUCCUGUCCCAAUUCCUAAAGCAGCUCUAGAAUUUGUAUUUCACCAUAAAAAUUUAGGUGUCCUGUCAACUUUGCGAAUAGGUCAUGACAAUACCGGUCUUUCUCCUAAAUGGAUGGUAGAACACGUUGUGGUAAGAAACGAAGUUACAGGGCAUACAUUUAAAUUCCCUUGUGGGCGAUGGCUUGGUAGGGGCAUAGACGAUGGAUCUACUGAAAGAUUGCUAGUAGGUGCUUUAGUACCACGUAGUAUUGAUAAUGAAGAAUUGGUUGAAUCGUGUUCGACUCCUCCAAGAUGUAGAUCUCCGAGUAUACCCAGACGACCUAUAUUAUCCCAAGUUGAAUUGCAACACAUGCUUGGAGAAGCUGUAAAUGCGAUUGUCAAAUAUCAUUACAGAAGAGAGUGCCAAGAUAGUUCUCUAACUGCCUUACUUUGUGGAGAGAGCGGACUCGUACCUUCCCUCGAACAAAUCUUUUUAUUCGGUUUUAAAAAUCAAAGAAUAUUUGGUAGAAAUUUUUAUGUUUGGGACUAUCUCUUACGAGUAAAAGAAAACUUUGAGAUAUCUUUAUUGGAACAAAUGGAUGAAUACUCACAGAGAUUAAAUAGGAGUAGAAAGAUACACUCCGAGAGUAAUCAGAGGUUUACUAUCUUGAGAUGUUACAGUCAUCUUAUAGAUCAGAUUAAUAUAUUCAGUCAAACUUUAGGAAAAGAUGGAAAGUUUCAGUUGUUCAUUUGUUUGGCAGCAAGAGAACAAUUGCUUCAUCCUAUGUUACGUCCGAUGAGCGAAGCGCGUUCUACAACAGAUAUGUACGAGGAGAAUUCGUUUUUGAGAAAUCAGACUCUCUUGACGUUCCUUAUACAUAUUCUUGAACCACUUAGCGACUUCCAUAUUGUUCUUGAAAAAAGUUUGACUCAUGGAAUAUCUAGUAUAUGUUAAUCUGUUAUACAUUCCGUGUGUAUUUUGGAUGAAAGCUUCGUAAAAAUGGCUGAACCAAUGUGACACGAUGUUAUGCAUUCAUUUUAUACACUGUUAAAGUCGAAAGACGAUAGGGAGACAGACACACCGGUGUUAGAGUAUAGAAGUCGGUGAAAUAAUUUGCAAAGAUGCAAAGAAUUUUAUUAUUACGAUAUUAUAUAUAUAUAUAAAAUUGAAUAUUUAAAAAAAAAAAAAGAAAAAAAAUCGAAGACUGUUACCGGGGAAUGUAAAAUAGAAAUUUUUAGAUGAGAAAUUAUUAAGAAGUGAGAGAGAGAGAGAGAGAGAGAAAGAGAGAUGCAUGGUAUUUACCGAAUGUAAAGUUCGAAGAGAGCAUGAAUUUUCUCAUGCUAUUUUCAAUGCUCGUACUAUUCAUGACAAGUGAUAUCUAGUUAACUUUUACUCAACUCCUUUUAUCGCAGUUAUUAUUAAUGGGGAUAUACGAAUGAACUUUCUCUAAAUCAUCAUACGUACGAACGAAAUAUGAACCAAAGAUUUUAAUCCUAUUAAUUUAUUAAUAUAAUUAAUGCCGUGUAUAUUAUUGCCAUUAUUUAAACAGAAUUAUAGUUAUUAUUAUUAUUAUUAUUAUUUUUUUUUAACUAUUACGUUUUUGUCCAUGUAAAAUAACCAAGUGCUGUGUAAAAAACAUCUGGAUGACAUUUGUAUAGUACCACGUUGGAGUAUCUUGUGUUAUUAUAUUUUUAACUUAAAUAAUAUGAUGCUCUUAAUAAUCUUCCUCUAAUAGAAAAUUGUCCAAGAUCUCAAUUCGAUUAUUUGACGUCUAUCUAUAUAUUCACGUUAUUUUUUACUGGCUGUGCUUUGAUUAUACACGUUAAAAGAAAAAAAAAAAAAAAGAAAAAAAGAAAAAAAAUUAACGAAAAAUCAAGGAAAGGAAAAAAAACGAAAGUAAAACACAAAGACAUCGUGCAACAAGUUUUCGUUAUGAUUUUGUGCUAUGUUUGUGCAUUUACGGACGUAAAACAUUGUUAAUAAUUUAUU